GCUGACGUCCCCCUGCCGAGGAGAAACCGGAAGUAAUACAAGGUCUCGUAACUCACGUGUACAACAUGAAAAACUACAAAAAGCCUAACAAUAACUUUAAAAAGGGUAAAUUCAAGCCGGGCUCGAAGAAAAGAGAAAACAAAUGUAUCGUAACGUUUGACGACAACGACAGACAGGACUUCCUCACGGGUUUCCAUAAGCGAAAGGUGGAAAGGAGGAAAGUAGCAUUGGCCGAAAUUCGAAAGAAGAUCAAGGAUGAGCAAUUUAAAGUCAGAGAAGAGAGGCAUAAGGAAUAUGUGAAGUUGCUGAAGGAGAGGACAGAAGCUCUUGAGGACUGUGCAGAGGAUAUGGAUAGUAUGGUAACCAGUACAACAGAGUCUGUACAAUAUGAUCAUCCAAAUCACACUGUCACCGUGACAACCAUCAGUGAUCUUGACCUCACUGGGGCUCACCUGCUUGGAUCUGCAGCAAAUCAGGCUAAUGGAGAAAGUGAAGAAAAAGGGGAGGAAGAGGGAGAGAAAACAAAUCCAAUGCCAAGAAAAGCUGGGAACCCAAUCAUGACCAAAAAGAUCCGCUCCUUAAUGUCAUCGCUCAACACAUUCACAUGCAAGAGGAAGAGGAAAGGGAAGCAGGAAGGCCAAAGAGGACGAGGGGGUCGCUCGACAGACAACAAACGUGAUAUCAGGAAGAUAAAAAAAAAGGGGAAGACCACCAAAUCUCAGAGACGUCGCCAGACUGGAAAGCGGGAACGACAAAUGGACUGAGUGUGUAAAUUAAAAAACAACAAUUGUUUUUCAUGUCUGACUUCUGAAAGGACUCGACGACUUGUAUCAGAUUUAUGCUCCCGAGUGGGAACAGGAAAAAUGUAUGUCGAGAAAUGUAUAAAAUGACUACAGCCUGAUGUGGACACUCCGUGACUACACCAGGUUUGACCAUCAACUUCUAAAGUACCUGCCCUCUGAGAUAUUGUGCUCAAAUGUAUACAUCUGUUUUUAUAGUGUUGGUUCAUAAAAUAAACUUUAUCUGCUGAA